AUGAAAUCACAUCUAAUUGUCAAAUCCAAUAAACAGAAUAUUUAUCUCCCUCCAACCGCAACAAAUACAUCUGAACGACUUGCAGCACUUAGGGCUGAAAUGGAGAAAAACGGAUACAUGGCAUACAUCGUGCCUUCUGAAGAUGAACAUCUAAGUGAGUAUGUUGCACCGAGAGACAAGAAGCGGGUAUGGAUAACUGGUUUUACUGGAUCAUCCGGCUUGGCAGCUGUCACCACUACAAAAGCUGCUGUUUGGACAGACGGAAGAUAUUUCUUGCAAGCUGAGCAGCAGCUUGAUUGUAAUUGGAUUCUCAUGAAAAUAGGCGAACCCGGAGUAAUAUCGGUUGAAGAAUGGAUAUCACAAGAGCUCCAACGAUCAGAAGUAGUCGCUGCUAGUCCAUUUGUGUUUUCAAUCGAAUCAUGGUUGCUUUAUGACUCCUAUUUUGCAAAAUCCGGCCAUAUGUUCAAUCAAUCUAUACCAGACCUCAUAGAUGGAAUUUGGGAAGAUCGGCCUCCUGUAUCGGGUACCAAAAUCUUCCAGUUACCAAUUGAGUACGCUGGAAAGACAUGGGAGAGCAAAAUAAGCGAUGUGAGAAUGCGAAUGGGGGAUUAUGACGCAGACUACUUAUUGCUCACGAAGUUGGAAGAAAAUUGUUGGCUAUUUAAUCUUCGUGGUGAUGAAAUAUCCGGAACUCCUAUAUUUACCUCCUAUACCUUGGUUGGGCGGUCAGGCGGCAUUGCAUUGUAUUUAAACACAACCAGGUUUGGACUUUCGCCGGAUUUGAGCGACUAUCUUAAUCCAGAAGAUUGUGAGAUACGCGGCGUUUGCGUAGAAACUAAAGAGCUCGAGUUUGUAAGAAACGAUCUUUUGAAUCUUUCCAGUUCUAGUAAAGUGUGGAUGAGUUCCGAGAGCACAACAUACGGAAUGUACAGCGCAAUACCAUUGGAACGACAAAUUCAAAAUGAAUCUCCUGUUAAAGUUCCAAAGGCCGUUAAAAAUGAUGUUGAAGUACAAGGAAUGAAGCAAGCUCACAUUUAUGAUGCAGUUGCCCUAUGUGAGUAUUUAUAUUGGCUUGAGCAAAAUGUGCCAUCUGGCAUAGUUGACGAAAUAUCAGGAGCGGAGAAAUUAAAGUCACUGAGACUUGCUCAACCCAAAAGCAAAGGUCUCAGUUUCGGUUCUAUAUCAGCUGUAGGUCCGAACGCGGCUGUUAUACAUUAUGGAACAUCGCCAAAAACAAACCGCAAUCUCACAGUAAAUGAAAUAUAUCUCGUUGAUUCCGGGGGACAAUAUUAUGAAGGAACUACUGACGUAACGAGAACAUUACAUUUCGGGACGCCAACUGCAUUUGAAAUUGAAGCAUACACAAGGGUUCUCAUGGGCAUGAUAAAUAUUGAAACGGCGAUAUUCCCAUCCACACUAGAUGGAAACGAUAUUGAUAUAUUGGCAAGACAGCAUUUAUACGAUGUCGGACUUGAUUUUCGUCACAGUACUGGACAUGGCAUUGGACAUUAUCUCAGCAUUCAUGAAUAUCCGCCGGGAAUAGGAAGAGCACAAGCUGAAGGUUACCCUUUGCAACCAGGAAUGUUCACAAGCAAUGAACCAGGUUAUUACGAGGAAGGAAAAUUCGGAAUUCGGCUUGAAAAUAUCGUUACCGUGGAAAAAGCAAACAUCAAGUACAACUUUGGAGAAUACGAUUAUCUCAAAAUGACUCCAGUUACCCUCGUUCCAUUCCAGAAGAAGCUUAUCGACAUCGAUCUACUGAGUAUAAAACAGCUUAACUAUCUGAACGACUAUCAUGCUCGAGUUUUAGAGGAAGUUGGGAAGGAAGCAAAUGCACAAAGAAAAGAAGAACUUUAUCAAUGGUUAGCCGAUGUAACAACUCCUGUGAUUCGAAAUGGCUCGUCUAAAGCGACACCAGUGUUCAUCGUAUUCAUAUUCUCAUUGUAUCUGUCCACAAUACGUCAGUUUUAACGAUAAAUGUAAAGAAUUUUAUGUUUUUAUUCACUAAUAUCAAAGCAUGUAAUUAUGUCACCUUUGUUUCGAAAUGUAGGUUUCUAUGACUAUAAGAAAUUCAUAAGAAAUCCACUUCUAAUUAAAGACAGUUCAUUGAUGAUCUAGAAGAUUUAAGACUAGGACCGAAAUACCAGUUUUAAAAAUAAUCGAGAAAAUGCUCCGACCCUAAAAUCUAUUAUAUAGAUAUGGGCUUGUAAGAAUUUUCGAUUUCUUAUUGCUAUCUAACGGUAUACAUGCUAUUCCACCCAUGUCUUAAGUUCCUGAAAUCCUUUAUCAGUUUAAUUAACAAUAAACACGGGCCAUAAAGUAAGAUACCGAAAUUGAAAAUGGUCAAGAAUAUUUUCGGAUUCCCUUUCCAUAUACGAUACGCUGCUCUUUACUAAAUGUCACGAUCUAGAACUAGUUCUCAUGAAUUGUGUUUAGCAUCUAUUGCAACUAUAUUGUCAUACUUAUAUUGAAGCAACGAAACCAGUGUUGUUGUUUUUUUAAAUAAAAAUCACUUAAUUUAAUCAUGAA